GCAUGGCAUAGCGCUCACCUCACCACAUAUCUACGUGAACCUUCACAAUAACCACUGGUUUUAUUAACAACUCACUGUCAUUCUCUCCGUCUCCUCUUAGCUUAGCCCCUCGGCAGCCUCUUUCCCCGCCAACAGACCCAACAAACCGCGCGUUAUUCAACAUGGAAGACCCAUUCAGCCAAUACAUCAGAAUCUCAGAGCAAGAUCGACGCCCCAACACCCCGAUCAUCACCAUCUCGCUCCGCGCCGCAGACCCCCAAUACGUGCUUGACCCCACCAGCCUAGGCUUCCGCAUACACGCGCACCGGGCCGCAGACCAAGAGAGCAGCAAGAAGCAAGACCAACCGUGUAUCCUAAACUGGACCGGCGUGGAGGCCGGGUUGCUCUUGUUCCGGCACCUGCCCACGGGGAAAUAUGAGCCGGUGACGUUCGAGCACAUCGCCCCCAACACCAAGCCUCCACCCCCGCAUCAUCUCCUGGGAUUCUCACAGCUCGAUGUCCCGGAUCUAUGGGUGCUUGCGCCGGGGAACACCAGCGCUCCGGUGCACCCGCGCAUCGAACGGCACGCGUACCAUGGACUCCAACCGGACGAGCGCUACGAGAUUCUAUGGCCCGGCGCUGAAAUCCCUCGCUGGGGCUGGGGGGAUGCGAGAGAAGCCACAGCCCCGGAGCCCACGGCAGUAGUCCCCCUCGUGAUUCCCGGCGGGGCGCGAUGCUCAUUCAUGCUGGAGGGGGCGAGGGAGCCGGCACCGAUGCCGCGGGCAUGGAGCCCGCCACCACUGGAGCGGACGGAUCAGGUUCCCGGAGCUCCAGUUCUCACCGUUGAGCUGAACGCUACGACCUCCCACUGGAACCCAAGGAAGUACCUCCCCAUAACGUGGACGAUAACAUAUCACGGCACCGCCGGGAGAGAAGACGAUCCCCCCAACAGCCCCCGGCCCAUCACCUUCCGCACCUACAAUUUCCGUACGUACGGAACCUUCCGCGCGUAUCGCCAGCGCUACGAGGAUGGGGAAUGGGAGUCCUACGACGAAGACGGAGGUUGCACGUUUCCCAGCGGUCCCGACGAUCCCUAUCAAGUCAACGUGGGCAAGGAGAGAGAAGAGGCCGGCUUUAUCAGCCUGCGGCCGGGGCAGACGUACUCGAGGUCGGUGCAUCUCUACUCGCAAGACGACCUGCCGCGGUAUCCGGCGACGGGAGAGAUCCUGCGCUAUCGGUUCAAGGGCUGUGUGCUGGACUGGUGGGAUUGGGGGACGCUGGACGAGCAUGGUGAUACGGGUGGUGACUGUGCCGGGGUUUCUGGGCGGGGAGGUUCUGGAGCCGAGCGAUAAUGGGGGCCGGGCGAGGGUGGUUGUGCCGGCUUCGAACCUGCUCGAGUUUACGGUUGUUUGAGGCGGUUUGCUUACUAUUUAUGUUUGUGGGUGUUGGUUUUUUUUUUCUUUUCAUGUCCAAAGAGUUACCCAGAUCUUUGCGUGAAGCAUGAGCGAAUUUAUGAGUGGAGAAGUCUACGGGCUACUGAUGGAUGUCGGUUGCCUGAUAGCUGUUCCCAUCAUCAACUGACCGUGCGUCGAACCAGCAGGGAGAUGCAGUACUAUAGCUACUAUAAGGUAGGUAGUGGGUGCUAGCUUGGGAACUUGACCCUCGAUC